UAGCAGCUUGUGUUUUACUCCAAAUUCAACGAGUGAAGGAAUCAAAUCACCAAUUUUCACCGGUUUUCUUUCACAGGAGCCAAGAUCUGGAGUUCAGAUCCUAAUGUUCGAUCAAUUCUCACCUUACUGACCUAGCUGACAACAUCCAUCUACAAUACGAAAGCUUUGCGAAGUCGAAUGUUGUAUCAAAGUUUUUGAACAAUAUCUAAAGACCCAUCUCCAAAACAGAUAGAUCUCACGGAUCAUCAAUGGAAGCCUCACAGGUUGGACCAGAAAGAGAGAAGUCUAAUUCUUCAUCUUCCGCUCCAGUCUCUGUCAUCGCCAACUUCUGGAAAGAUUUUGAUCUAGAGAAGGAAAAAAGUAUAUUGGAUGAACAAGGGCUAAAGAUAGCUGAAAAUCAGGAAAACAGCCAGAAAAACAGGCGAAAACUUGCAGAGAGCACCAGAGAUUUCAAGAAGGCUUCUGCAGAAGAAAAGUUAGGUUUGUUUAAUUCUUUACUUAAAGGCUAUCAGGAAGAGGUUGACAAUCUUACCAAGAGGGCAAAGUUUGGAGAAAAUGCAUUCCUUAACAUUUAUCAGAAGCUUUAUGAAGCUCCUGAUCCAUACCAAGUCCUUGCUUCAAUUUCUGAUAAGGACUCCAGAUUGUCUGAACUGGAGUCAGAAAACCGAAAGAUGAAACUUGAACUUGAAGAGUUUAGGACAGAAGCAGCUCAUCUGAAGAAUCAACAAGCAACAAUCAGAAGGCUAGAAGAGCGAACUCGCCAGUUAGAACAACAGAUGGAGGAGAAGGUAAAAGAAAUUGUGGAGAUAAAACAGCGAAGUUUGGCAGAAGAGAACCAGAAAACUCUUGAUGUCUUGAAAGAAAGGGAACAAUUGCUGCAGGAUCAAUUACGACAUGCUAAAGAAAGUGUUUCAAAUAUGCAAAAGCUACAUGAACUGGCACAAAGUCAAAUGUUUGAGCUUCGUGCUCAAUCAGAUGAAGAUAGAGCAACAAAACAAUCAGAGGUCACUCUCUUAAUGGAUGAAGUUGAAAGGGCUCAAAGCCGUCUUCUUAGCCUAGAAAGGGAGAAGGGACUCUUGCGAUCCCAGUUACAAACAGCAAAUGAAGACAGUGAAAACAAGAGUGAUAAUGUUGAUUCUACUAGCAUCCUCGAGAAUUCUCUGAGUGCCAAGGAGAAGAUAAUAUCUGAACUGAACGUGGAACUUCACAAUUUAGAAUCCACAUUGUCAAAUGAGCGGGGGCAGCAUAUCCAUGAGAUGAAGAAAUUAAAUGCACUAUUAAAUGAAAAGGAAGCUGUUCUUGAGGAUAUCAAGAAGGAACUGCAAGGAAGGCCCACCGAAAAACUAGUUGAUGAUUUGCGAAAAAAAAUUAAAAUUCUGCAGGCUGUCGGGUACAAUUCAAUUGAGGCUGAAGACUGGGAAGUAGCUACCACUGGGGAAGAAAUGAGCAAACUCGAGUCUCUUCUUCUUGAUAAAAACAGGAGAAUGGAGCAUGAGCUCACACAGUUAAAGGUCAAGCUUUCUGAAAAGACUUCAUUGUUGGAAGCAGCUGAAGGAAAGAUCCUUGAACUCACAGCGAAAGUUAGCGAACAACAGAGAUUGAAUCAAAAGCUAGAAGAUGAUAUACAAAAGGGCUAUAGUUCCAAGGAUCGUAAGGGAGCUUUAUUUGAUGAUUGGGAUCUUUCAGAAUCAGCUACAAUAAAUGCAUCCGAAAAUGCUGAUGCAAAAAAAAGUUUUUCUGAACAAGAUCAAAGCUCAAUGCUUAAAGUUAUCUGCAGCCAGCGAGAUCGUUUUAGGAAACGCUUGCGAGAGACAGAAGAGGAGGUAAGACAGUUAAAGGAGAAGUUAGGCAUUCUGACAGCAGAACUGGAGAAAACAAAGGCAGAUAAUGUCAAGCUUUAUGGGAAGAUUCGUUAUGUACAGGAUUACAAUAACGAAAAAGUAGUUUCUAGAGGAUCGAAGAAGCAAGCAGAAGAUUUGGAAAGCGGCUUUCACUCAGAUGUAGAGUCGAAGUAUAGGAAGAUAUAUGAGGACGAUAUAAACCCAUUUGCAGCAUUUUCGAAAAAGGAAAGGGAUCAAAGGUACAAGGAAUUGGGUUUACGGGAUAAAAUUACGCUUAGCAGUGGGCGGUUUCUUCUUGGCAACAAAUAUGCGCGGACUUUUGCCUUCUUCUAUACCAUAGGAUUGCAUAUUCUUGUAUUCACAUGUUUGUAUAGAAUGUCAGCUCUGAGUUAUCUAAGCCAUGGGUCGGAGGAAUCUCUUAUUGGUGAGAAAAUCACAAAUCUUCCACAUGCCUUGUGAGUUCAAUUCCCUACAUUGAAAGUCAGGUGGUGUUCUUGUUUACCCUUCUACAUAUCAAAGGCGAAAACUAUGCAUACAGAUUACAUACAAAGCCACACUAUGUUCAUAGCAAAAGAUUGAUGUAUGUUGAGCCUAUUUGGAAAAUUGUAUUUUGUCGAUCACACUUAAAUUGAAAAAUCGCAAAAGUUGAAAUUUAAAGUGAUUUUGUUUUUCAA